AUGAAGAGGGCGCCUCGCCUAGAAGUGAAAGCUGGAAUCACGCUACCAAACACCCAAUCAACCGCUACGGAUCCACGUUCUGCGAAUCUACGGGAACGGGAAGAUGAAACAAACCUAGACGAUAGGAUCGUCCCAACCGGCAACAGUAUACACGCGAGUCAAAUUCAUCAGCAACGUCGUGCAUCGUCGGUUGAUCCGCUCACCUCAGCCAACAGUUCUGGACCAGGUGCGGGAAUGAUGCGCCCGAUAAGCUCAAACCAAAGCGUCAUGACGGACGCACAGGGACUGAUCGUACCAAAGAAGCUGGUCAACCCGGUACUCGAGUCGAUCGAUCGGCAAAAUCUGCACCGCGAGAUGAUGUUCAAUCAGAAGAUCGGGAAGAGCGUACUGAACCAGAAGUCGGAACUGCAGCGAGCGCUCGAGAAGCAAAAGGAGCGCCAAGUGCUGGCAGCCCAGAAUCUCGCCAAACAAACGGAGCAAACGAUUGCGAGCGAGCUAGGGCGCGUUAUUAUGCAGCGAGCCCAACGGUUGGAGCAACAGAAGGGUGGGAGCGGGACGGGUCCGACCGAUCCGACCGGUGGUUCCAUCAAUCCGGAGUAUUUAAAUGCACGCGCCAAGCUGCGGGCCACGGUCGAUACGAAAUGA